AUGCUUCAACUUGCUAUCAGUCCAGCGCAUCCUCUCCAAUCUCACUUGAACAAGCCCAGGGCGUCUCGGCCAUUGUACACGUCCAUAGAUAAUAUGGCUGGGGGCAACGGAGGCCUAUCGCGCGAGUCAGGCACCCAGCGUGUUCCAGCUACGCAGACGCCUACACACAGUUAUCGCAUUCUGUCUUAG